CAAUAUUUGGAAAUGUGCAAAGGGGGAAAUUGGUGGCAACACCGUCCUUCAGUAUGAUUGACACAAACACGCAUCACGAAAUAACAACAUCGGCAAUAAACAGUAAUAAAGGCACACCCGAGCUACAAAUCGAUGCCAAUAAUAGCUAUAUGAGUAGUUUUCGUUUCAAUUUCACAAAUCUAGUGUUUCUCGAUUUAUACAACAAUCAAAUUGAGAGAAUAUCCAAUUUAGACGGUUUAAAAAGUCUCACGGUAUUACUAUUGGGGAAGAACCGCAUAAGUGAUAUCUCAGGCAUAACGUCACUCAAACAAACCCUACGCGUCCUUGAUCUUCAUGGCAAUCGAAUCACGCACAUAGCACAGAAAAUUUGCCAACUACAAGAAUUAAAAUCACUAAAUCUUGCCGGAAAUUUGCUACGUCAAAUACAUCCAAACGAUUUUGCCGGGCUCUGUUGCUUGAAAGAACUAAACUUGAAGCGAAAUCGAAUCAAAAAGAUUAAUGUUUCAGAUGAUUUGCACAAUUUAGAACGAUUGUGGCUGUGUCAUAAUGAAUUGCAAAACAUUGAAGAUAUGUCCUCCAUAGCAAAAUCGAUAAACUUGAAAGAGAUUACUAUAGAAAAUAAUCCAAUUUCAUUGGCUGGUGAUUGUGUCUCAUUUCUCGUAAGCUAUCUUCCCAUGCUUGUUUCACUUAAUCAACUUCAAAUAACUGAACAAGUAAGGAGAGCAGCAAAUGCAUGGCGUAAGAGUAAAGAGAAUUCAGACCAAAGUUAUCAGCAUUUAUCAUCGGAUGUAAGUUCAAGUAUUCGACGUGAGGAGAUAAUCUCAAAUGCUCGUACUAAUUGGGAGCUGAUACGCUCACAACAAUCUAAUAUAAUAAAUGGUAGUCAACGACAAGUUAAUCAAAUCAAAAAGACGAUAAAAUCGAAACUCAUAUCAAAUAAUUCAUCAUCAAUAUCAACUGGAUCUUUAUCAUCGAAUACAAUAGCUGAAAUGUCAAGCAAUGGGACCAAUAUGAAGAUGUCAAGGAAUUUGAUUGAUAUACCAAAAUGUCAGAAAUCUAAACUCUUGCGUUCAACGUCACACGAUAAUACAUGCUCGAUUACAUCGGAACGAGACAUUGAUAUUGAUAGUGAUUACCAUCUUCCACCUAUGAUUGAUCAAUUUGUUGAUAUGCCAAAGACAAAUAACCGUAGUGCAUCAAGCACUCGACCGAAUAUCGAUUCAGAGUCUGAUUUCGUGGGUUCCGACUCGGAUGACCCGAAAAGCUUUAAAUCUAGAAUUCCCACAACACCGCCAAUAAAUGUACCGACCAAUAUAUCAAGCAAACCACCAUCACCGGUUGAAAUAAUCAUUCGAGAAAAUGAUGGUGAUGAGAAUGAUAAUAAUAAUGUGAAUGAAAAGAGCAUCAACCAUACAACGCCACCCUUGCCGCCCAUUGAAAUUGAACCUGUUGCUUCACCAUCAACAAAUGCUGAAAAUUCUGAAGAGGCAUCGUUAAAGGAUAUUCAGAAUAAUAAUGCUCAUAAUAAUAAUAAUAAUAAUACUAGCAGCAGCAAUGAUGUUACUCGAACGCCUUCGCCGAAUACAAAAGAUAAGGACAAAGCAACAAUUACAAUCAUUGAUAAUUCAAGUGGAAUUUCACUUCAACCUACAAUAAAUAUCGAGGCCGAUAAUGGCAAGUCUAAGACAUCAUACCAGACAAAUGACUCGAAGAUUAUUGAGACGACGGAGCUAGAUAAGCUUUCUACAACAUCAAAAGUGUCCGCAAAAACAAGUUCAGAAUCAAUCAAUACGGGAACUAUAUCACCAAAUGACGAACGGCAAGUUCAUUCAAGUCAAACAAACUAUCAUCCAAGAAAUCGAAGUGGUAUCACCAGUCGCAAAAUCGGUCCGCCACUUGUUCGUUCUCAAACAGCACGAAAUUUGUCAUCGCAUUUAAGUAAUCAGACGGCAACAGUGGGAACAGGCAAUCAACAAAAUGCAAACUUAAAGAGAGAAUCAAAGAAGGAAAUCGAUAAGGAUCGUGAACAAGGUGGCGAUUACUUGGUAGAAAUUUUAGGCCGUUACUUGAACGUGUAUGGCGUGGGAGCAAUUAAAUUUAUCGAUAAACAGUGGAGCGCACAAAAGGCCCAAGAUGUUCAUACUGUGAAAUUUUCAUACAUAAAUUUUAAUAGUAUUUCACCAAUAUUAGGAAGGAUAAAAAUUCGCUUUCCGAAUAUCGAGAACUAUGUGUUUCGUGAAACUAAUAUUAUAUGUUUGGGUCAAUUGAACGCAAUGGCCGAUACACAAGGAUUGAAAUCGAUAACAAUUGAUCCCGAGGGUAAUCAUCUCGUUGCAAACAAUAAAAAUUGGCGAACAUAUGCAAUAUGGAGAUUAAAUCAUUGGGGAUUAAAGCAAAUCAAUGGGAUGGAAAUAACAGACGAGGAAAUUAUGGAGGCAGAAAGUACAUACAGUGGACUAUCAGAUUUAGUUUUAUGGUCAUUACCUGAAUCACUAUUAAAUCCCCUAUUUAUUCGUCUACGUGUUGAUGAAAUGUUACAAAAUAGUAAAAUAACACCAAAAGAAUGGCUUAUGAAACAAGCUGAUGAAUCAAUACGGUUGAUCGUUGGUAAGGAGGCGUUGCAAUGGAAGAAAAGUAAUGCACAGCAAGAUGAAACGACGAUAAGACGAAAAGGAAAGGUUUAUUUUGGACAUAUAAUGGAGAAUACUGUAAAUGCUGUCGAGAAACUUCAGAAGCUUGAAUAUCUAUGGCCAAGCAUUCUCACCGAAAUGAUUCGAAAUACCCUAAUAGAUUACUCACAAAUUGACUUAUACGUACGGAACUUGAUGAGUGAAAUUAAUUCAGCAACGCCACCUCAAAAAUAAAGAGAAAUGUUCAAAACGUGUCCUGUAAUGGAUGAUUAAAGCGCAUUUUUGCAAGUAUGACUAGUCAUUAAAUUUUAAAAACUAUUAAGGAAUCUUCUUGGGUAUUAAACUUAGUCAUUCGCGUAAGGGUCGUUCAGUGCAUCAAAAAAAUGAAACAUUUAGAUUCUUUGUCGCAUUUAAUACAUUCAUAAAAUCUCAGAUCCCCAAAUCUUAAUUUAGAAGUCUACUUGAGGUUGUUGGAGUGAAUCCUCCUUGACAUUUUUCAGUCUAUGCAAAAAAAACACUAAUAUCAAUUAUAUCGCAAAGCUAGAAGUCUACUUGAGGAAGCUCAAGAAGAUUUAAUCGACUUCAAAUUCUCUGAUUUUAUGAAAAUGGAUCCGAUUAGUGUUUAAGUAUGUCUGAUUCUAAAUAUUCGUCAUCAUUGAACAUACUUAAUUCCGACAUGUG